GAUCGCUCCAAGAUCGGUCGUCAGUUAGCAGCGCAAUUUUUUUCUUCCAAAAUUGUUUUUUUUUUUCACUUUCUGUUGUAAUUCUGUUUAACGUUGGUUGUUUAUUCACCUUUUUUUUCUUUUACCCAGUCUCAUUUUUGUGAUUGGAUUUUUUUUCUGUUUUUUUUUUUUUUUGAUUUUUUUUUAUCGGGAAACAGCCCUCGGCGCAGUUGCCCGGCUUGGUUUUAUAUAAAAAUUGAAGCGACACAAAAGCAGCAUUUAGUUUGGCUCAGUCAGUGGGGGCUGUCAAGUGUAACAGUCACACUCUCUCACACACACACACGGGUGGUAAGGUGUGUCAGCAACUGACCGGCAACUGCAGCAUCCAAGAAGCAACAACAAAAACAAAAGGAGCAUCAAUCACAGCGAAACGUCAAAUAUAUUGCUGACAACUGUUAACUGCUGACUGUGGACUGUUGGCCGAUUACUGAUAAGAUAGAGACAUAUCGAUAGCAAGAUGAAUCAUCAAUCACUGCUGCUCGGGAUGCUGUUUGGCGCGCUGCUGGCCAUGGCCGCGGCGAGUGGCAACUCCAGCGAUUCAAUGGCCUUGCCUGCUGACAAUGAGUAUCUGCAUCCGAAUGGCAUACAGAUGCGCUUCGAUGACACGGAGCUGUGGCGCAUUCACAACGUGAGCGAUGCCCUGCUCCAGACAAUACCUGUUGCCGAGAUAAUGGAGCAGAAGUUUGGCGGCAACAUUUGGAAGGAGAACUCCAAGUUUCUGGACAUCUCCAUUGACAAGGAGCAGGUGAAGGCGGCACGCAGCUUCCUCGUCGCCCAUCGACUGGAGGCUGAGCUGUUGGUCGAUAAUGUCCAGGAGCUCAUCGAUGAGGAGCAGCUGGAUGGCGUCAAAGGCACCCAAGCACAGCCAGGAUCUCGCACAAAGAAGGCCUCACGCGAUGGCAGCGGCAUGCACUGGAAUGAUUACCACAGUCUGGACAACAUCUAUGCGUUUAUGCGCGAAAUCCGUGCCAAAUAUCCCAAUAUCUGCCGUCUCUACACCAUAGGACAGACGGCCGAGGGACGCGACUUGAAAGUAUUACGCAUCUCAGAGAAUCCCCGCGAAAACAAAAAGAUUUGGAUCGAUGGCGGCAUCCAUGCACGUGAAUGGAUCAGUCCUGCGACGGUGACAUUCAUACUUUAUCAGCUGAUGAACAACUGGGAGAAUCAGCCGGCACAUAUACGCAGCCUCACCUGGUACAUAAUGCCAGUGAUGAACCCGGAUGGCUACCAGUAUUCACGCACCGUGAAUCGGCUGUGGCGAAAGAAUCGUUCGCCAUCGACGAGGCGCCAGAAUUGCUUUGGCGUCGAUUUGAAUCGUAAUUUCGAUAUUGGCUGGAAUGGCUUCGGAUCCUCGAAGGACCCUUGCAGCGAUGUCUUCCGUGGCGAUUCAGCCGCCUCCGAGCUUGAGACGCAGGCGGUGGCCAAUUUCCUUGCCAAGCGCAAAUACAAUCUGGAAGCCUAUCUGACGUACCACAGCUACGGUCAGAUGGUCGUCUAUCCGUGGGCCUACAAAGCCGUCAAGGUGAAGGACGCGUCGGUGCUGCAGCGCGUCGCCGACACCGCAGUCAAUCGCAUCGCCCAAAAGACCGGCACCACAUACCAGGCAGCCGUCACCCACCAGGUCCUUGGCAUUGCCGGCGGCGGCUCCGACGACUGGAGCCGUGCAGCACUCGGCGUGAAGUACGUCUACACCAUAGAGUUGCGCGAUCGCGGCGCUUACGGCUUUAUCCUGCCACCCAAAUACAUCAAGGACACGGCCCUCGAGGGCUGGACUGUGGCCGAGACGGUUGUCCAGGCCAUCAUCUAACCAGGGGCAAUACCCCCUUCUCCACCUACGAUCUAUGAGUGUGUGAGUGCGCCUAUCUGUGUGAAUGCUUAUUUAUGUAUGC